CAAUGCUGCAGCAUGAAGUGAACUGGAUAAUUGACUGGAAGCUUUUGUUGACACUUUUUAGAUUGCAUUUAAAUUAUCGAAUAUAAAUAAGCAUUAUAAAUAACUCAUUGGAAAUCACCUGACCCACUUGACCGUUGCAAAAUAAUUUACUUUCACUUUGAACAAAGGCGUUGUUCACCUUAAUUCUUUGUCAAAGUUUGUUUGCGAAUCUAGCAAGGAUGCCGAAACUCAAAGUGCUCGACACCAGGCAAACGACUGAAGAAAUCGUAGUCAUGUCGUGGUCACCCAAGAUGGAUUUACUCGCACUGGGAAAUAUCACUGGAAAUAUCUACCUUCAUCGAUUGUCCUGGCAAAAGGUUUGGCAAGUUUCUCUGACAUUAAAAGAUGAGCCAGUUGUUCCCGAGAUCAUGACGUGGCAUCCCGAAGGGCUCUUUCUUGUUGUUGUAUCAGGAGAAACAACCUUUGUAAUUGACGUGGAAGGUGGGAAAGUUGUCCAUAAUCAUGAAAUCUCAUUCAACAUUACAACGGCUCGAUGGUGUACCUCACAAUAUCAACAUUGCUUAAAUGAGUGUCUGUCAUCCCACUUCCGGCAGCAACAGAUUCAGCGACUAGAAUCUAAUCUCAGUAUUUUGUUCCUCGGAACGGCGGACGGCUAUGUCUAUGCUUAUACUGGGGGAUUUCUUUUGGGUUUAUGCAUAAAAGUUUCUGAGGACCCAGCCCCACUGCGUAUCCUUCAGGUGGAUUCAACACUUAGUCUGCAGUCCUUUAUUUUUCUGUCUCAAGAGUGUUCCGAAACCACCUCCAACAAAGACACGGAUGUGACAAUAACAUUUAGCCAUUUCAGAAAUGACCUACUACCGAAAAUGGCUCCAAUUAUAAGACCGCUCGGACUUCGUUACAUCUUGUUUCUUAAAAGUUGGGCCACUAUACAAGGAGAAUUUUCAAGUUUAAGUGAAUCUUGGACGAAAAUUGUCGACGUAUAUCAGAGCUACAUGACAUUUGGUGGGAUGAAGGAGAUUGAAGUGACGAGAAUUGAUUAUUUGGAGUUGGCCCUCACGGGUAUAAGUACCGUCGAAAUGGAAAUAUUCCUGGGCAGCGUGGGAAGAGAAAAGGAAGCAAAGAAAAAUAUCAAUGUUAUCAAUUCUGCAACAGCAAGCAUCAUCGAGCACAUUCGAACAAUUAAAUGUUCAAUUACAAAUAUGUUGACAGAGUUGAACGAAAUUGGUGGAUUUUUAAAGCAAGUCUCAGAAUAUGAAGAAGCCAACAGCAUCCUCAUUGAAAUUAGAAAAGCUGUCACGUACUUUUUCUUGGCUAUUCUCAAUAUGCAGGGUUUAAUACACAACUUUGUUGAGCUUUGUUUACAUUUUAUGAAUUUGAUUAUGAACACAAUUCACUCCUUCAACAUUCAAGAUCUGCCAGAUUUUAUUGAAGAGGAUUCAGACACAGACAAAGUUUUAGAGUUUUUGCAAACCAAAGUGAACAAGGACAUUCUCAAAUAUCUCUUUGCAAAUGUCAAGUUAGGCUACACUGAAAGGAACACUUCGAAAAAGAAGGUCACUAGCAACAGUAUACCAAUAAUGUCAUCAAAGAACAUUUUCUCCAACGUCAUGAAUCCUGAUGGAGGGGUAAAUAAUUAUCAAAAUUUUGCAAAUCUGGUUCACAACAUUCUGAAGAAAUCAGAUUUUGUUGGAGACGAAGGUCAUCCCUUACUAUUGGAUUACUCGGAGCAUCAAGUGAAGGAUUUGAUUACAAAUAUUGUUCCCAAAGUUAACAGCUUAACAAAAAGUCUACUUUGCAUCCCAGUUUUAUGCAAUGUUCCCUUCGAAGCGGAUACUUUUCCCAUUAUCAAAAUACCAACUGAGGAACAUGGUAAUCGUCAAUUAAACCAAUUUUCUCUAUUUUUAAACGAAUCCCAAUCAAAAACUUACUUGACCACAAUGCUUGACUCAAAACAAAUACUGCUGUUUGAAGUGAAUUUACUCGACAAUAAAAAACCAAUGUUAAAAUCUACCAUUCUCCACAUAUCCCGUAAUGUUCAGUGCUUCGAAAUAUUUUCAAUUGACUACAUGACCUUGGUAUCAUAUGAUCAAGAGGAUAAACGUAGCGAAAGAGAGCAGGACGUUGGAAGAACUAUCGUCUGUCAAAUACCUUACGUGUCCAUCGUUUCCCACGCUGUUGAAGUUGACGUGUCCUCACUGAGGUCAAAAUGUGGCGGAAAACCAACCCUGCCCCACAACACCCGUGUAGAAGUGCCUUUGAACAUGUAUAAACCUGGGGCUGCUUUGUCUCCGUCGUCAAAUAUUGACUAUGUUCUCCCAAUCGAGGGCUUCGCUCCACGUGCCCUGACCGUGAGUUCGGCUCGAAAAGUCGGUUCCCUUUUGGGCGAGGACCGUCGAACCGUCCUCAUUCUCGAGAUGGACCUCUCCGGCGAGACCACUUUGGACGACACGGCUGAGGAUGAGGAAGGCGAGGGAGAUGCAGAUGUACGAUCUGGGGACAGUACGACAGAAGAAGAAGAUUAAGAGAAGGGAAUAUAUAGUGACCAUGAAAAAUCUGUGAUUGUCAACAACUACAUAAUAAAAUAUAUGUAUGUUUGCAUAAUUCAUUGAGGA